UUCCAUGGGCAACAGGAUCCCGAGCAGACAGCCAGCAUAGCUGGCGAGACGACACGACACACACACAGCUCGCUAGCCCCGACUGUGGGCUUAGCUCUCCCACCCUCCCUCUCUGUUUCUUCCUCCCUCUCUCACUCUCUCUCUCCUUUUCUCUCUCGCUCUCUCCUCUCCGUCUUAGCGCACGCUGUUGCUUGCUGCUCACAAUACUACAACGGCAUCAGCAGCAUCGGCAGUUUAUAGCACCAGCAGCAGCAGUAGCAGCUAAAUAUACAGCAGUGGCGGCAGCAGCAGCUGUAGCUAAAGCAAUCGCAGCAACAGCGUUAUUAACAGGAGCAGCAGCAGCAGCAGGAGGAGGAGCAUCUACAGCAAUAAUAGCAGCGGCAAUAUCAGCAGCAGCGGCAGCGGCGGCGUCUGCAACAGGCGACACGGGGCGACAGCAGCAGCGAGACCAUUUGCUUUGGAUGUGCCAGGCCAACUAUCCACAUGAUCAGCUCGGUGUGCGUCUCCACGUACCGGGGCCGCCCUGGGGGCAACAAGCCCUUUAGCAAGGCGGUGCUCAAGCAGGAGGAGGAGGCGACGGUGGCGUGCGACGAGGAGCGAGUCGUCAUCAACGUGGGCGGCGUGCGCCACGAGACCUACCGCAGCACCCUGCGCACGCUGCCCGGCACGCGCCUCGCCCUCAUGCUCGACUGCCCCCCCCCGCCGCCGCCGCCACCUCAUCACCAUCACCAUCAUCCUCAUCACCAUCCGCUUCACACCCCCCCUCCCCUGCACGCCCCUCUUCCCCCCGAACCGCCUCUACAUCCUCCGACGCCGCCUCCGCCCUCCUCCCCGUGCCCCUCCGCUCCGUCGGCCUCGCCGUCCCCACCACCGACGCUGCAGCCGUCGCUGGCGGCGGCGGCGUCAUCGGCAUCAUCAUCGUCGUCGUCGGCCGCCGCGAUCGCGAUUCCGCAUUCGCCGCUUCCUCCUCCACCUCCUCCGCCGCCCUCGUCGUCGGCGGCGGCGCAAUCGCUGUCCGAGAUGCACUUCUUCGAUCGGCACCCCGGCGUGUUCGCCUACGUGCUCAACUACUACCGCACGGGCAAGCUGCACUGCCCCGCCGACGUGUGCGGCCCCCUGUUCGAGGAGGAGCUCGCCUACUGGGGCAUCGACGAGACGGACGUGGAGCCCUGCUGCUGGAUGAACUACCGGCAGCACCGCGACGCCGAGGAGGCCCUGCACAGCUUCGAUCUCCCCGAGGCUCGAAGCGACUCACCCGACCUCCCGGCCGCCGACGACGACGAUGACGACGGCGGCGGAGGCGGCUUUGACGACGACGGCGGUGGCGGCGGAGGAGGAGGGACGGCCUCGGGUGGAGGAGGCAAGCGGAAGGGACGUGGGCUCGUGAGCGACGCCGUCAAGCCCAGGGCCUGCUGGAGACGCUGCCAGCCCAGGCUGUGGGCGCUCUUCGAGGACCCGUACUCGUCGCGUGGGGCCCGGUACGUGGCAUACAUCUCGCUUUUCUUCAUCCUCGUCUCCAUUACCACAUUCUGCCUGGAGACGCACGAAGCCUUCAACGUCCCCCGGAGCCCCCAGCCCGGCGAGCCCUCAUCCGGCUACGGCCACGGCGGCGACGGGGGACGCAGCGGAGACCCGGACGCCGAUCGGCCGUCGUAUGCCAACGCUAGCGGCACUACCGCCGUGCCUCUGUCACCGCUGCCGACCGAGUCGACGGAAUACGAGACGGCGCCAGCGCUCAUGUACAUCGAGGGCAUGUGCGUCGUGUGGUUUACCAUCGAGUUUAUGGUGCGCAUCCUCACGAGCCCCAACAAGCGGGAGUUCAUGAAGAACAAGCUGAACAUCAUCGACCUCAUCGCCAUCCUGCCCUUCUACCUGGAGGUGGGGCUCUCCAACUUGAAGUCCAAGGGGGCUCGCGAGGUGCUGGGGUUCCUGCGGGUGGUGAGGUUUGUGCGGAUCCUGCGGAUCUUCAAGCUGACACGCCACUUUGUCGGCCUCCGCGUGCUGGGCCACACGCUCAAGGCGAGCACCAACGAGUUCCUGUUGCUCAUCAUCUUCCUGGCCCUCGGCGUGCUCAUCUUCGCCACCAUGAUCUACUAUGCCGAGCGUCUCGGCGCCAAGCCCGGCAUAGAUGAGGACAAGACACACUUCACGAGCAUCCCCAUCGGCUUCUGGUGGGCUGUGGUGACGAUGACGACGCUGGGCUACGGUGACAUGUACCCCAAAACAUGGUCGGGCAUGCUGGUGGGAGCGCUGUGUGCCCUCUCGGGCGUGCUCACCAUCGCUAUGCCGGUGCCCGUCAUCGUCAACAACUUCGGCAUGUACUACUCGCUGGCCAUGGCCAAGCAGAAGCUGCCCAAGAAGAAGAACAGCUACAUGCCCAAGGUGGCAGCCGUCAUGGGGGUGGGGCCGGCGGCGAUCGCAAUUGCGGCACCGCACCAGUUCGGGCAGCCGCCCCCCUCCACGCCGACGCCGCCGCCGCCGUCGGCUUCGCCGUCUCAGCUGCUGCAGCGCAGGAACUCGGCGCAGAAGAAGGAGUGCGCGACACCCACGCGCAGGCGCGCCGUGGCCUCCAUAGUGGCGGCCGUGAGCGGCAGCGGCGGGCGGGCCGGGACAAGCCUCGAGGGGGUGGUGCCGCUGGCCGGGCGGCCGCACAGCUGCGGUGGGUGCGGUGGCGGUCAUGCCGGCGGUGGCGGCGGUGGUGGUGCUGGAGGAACGGGUGGGGGUGUUUGGGCCAGCGUAGUGGAUGUGGUGGAUGUGGAGCAUUUGCCCGACCCCAAGCAGAACGGGGAGGCCGGAGCACUGCUGGUGUGCACCGAGGUGGCCGGCCUGGCCGCCCACGACGCUCUGGGAGAGGAGCUCGCCGACAUGGAGGCGGGGCUCGCAGAGAGGGCGUCGGGGCGAUUGGGACGAGUGACGGGCCCCACAGAUGACGGACAGCGGCGAGACAGCCAACCCGAGGAGACAAGACUUCUGCUGUCUCCUGCCGAUGGGGACCUCCACAAAGAUAAUUGCAAAGAUGCAGGGUUCCUGUCGAGCUACAUCAAACCGGACGGUAUCACUCUCACAUAAAGCAACUCGUGUGUGAAAUUCCGCAAAUGCAAGACGAAGAAAAGUGUAAAGGAAACGCACAGCAAUUGCAUCGUUCCUCGGUAACGAGCUGUUUCAGAUUCGGCUGCAUAAAGCUGUACAGUUGAGCGUUUUUGGGUGUUUUUUCUUUCUUUCAGCUAGCAGUUGAGAAGUUGUUUUCAUGAAUCUUGGAGAGAGAGAGGAAAAAAACCUGUGGAAAUAUUUUUGUUCCAAACCUCAGUUUUUUUUUUAAAGAGCCCAGCUCACUCUUUGCAAAAACCGAGACUAUCUUUGGCCUCCUGAGUUCUCACCUGGUUUAAUACAAAUAAACUCAACGACGUUUAUCGUUUUGUCCACGUAAAAAUUAUUCAGGAAAAAAAUAAGGACGUUUGAAGUGGGGGGGCAGGUGGGGGUGGUGGUGGGGGGCACGUGCUUGAGUGUGUGUCGUGAAACCCCCACGAGCGGAAACUGAAAGACAUUUUUGGGAAAAACAUCUGAAAGUUAGAAAAAAAGGUGACGUUAAUUGUGAAAGUGGCCUCGUGAAAGUGGCCUCUUGAGACGGAAAAACACGUGGCGAGUUUCUCGCUCGGUGGAACCGAGCUGUUCGAGGAACGCCAAGCAUAUCUGAAAACGUACGAAAUGUAAGAGAAAUGUUCGAAAUAAUAUUUUGAGAAAAUGUACUUGAUAUCAUCUCGAGUAGCGUUCUUUGUGGGUUUUAUACGCGUGCAGUGCAACACAAGAGGGCUCUAAGUGGUGUUGAGAGUGACGUAAAAACAACACGUUAUUUGUUCCUUGUUCUGGGUGAGACGUUUGUGCCCUAUAUUGUAAUUUUAAACCAAGGCUACCUAACCGUUGGGCAUUGUGAUGCAAAGCCUGAAAGAAGGCCCCUUACCUGGUUUUAAUAAUAAUAAUAAUAAUCCACUGUCUGUAUUUGGCAAUCCCUCCUGUUUCAAAGAUUCGUCUCAGUCUGUGGUUUGGAUCAGGACUUUUAUGUUUCACCCGGUAUUUUCCUUAUCGCCGCGACGGAUAAUGAUCAUACCUAUCGGCCGAUAUGGUUUACCCCGUAUUCUUGUAGUACAGGGAAAUUGAGUUUUCAGGUCCAUACGGUGUACAGCCGUUUCGAGUCGGGCACAAAAAAAAUGGUCUAUUUGUUUGUGUUUCUCCCUUGUAAUGGGAAUUUCUUGGAUGAACGUUGAGAUGUAUAAGGGCAAGGGGUGACCAGUAAGGUCUGAAUUGGUAAGGACUGAUAGAUAUAGAUUAUCGGUGUAAGGCACUACCACUAGAGAUAUGAGGCAUGCCUCCUAUCCAUCAUGUAGUAAUCCUGUAUUAUUGUAUCCUAUAUUCCUAUAAGCCUAUGAAAGUUUUUCUUUUUUAAUAUAGAUACAAAAAAUAUCAUUAAGAGGCCAAAAAUAAGGCGAGAUGAAUGUGGGAUGGAUAAAAUAAUUCCCAGAGUAAGCGUUACAGAUUGUUCCGGAUUAAAUGAAGCAUUGGUUUUAACUGAGUCACUAAUGACUGCAAACGACUACAACUUCCAAUGAUAUUCAACUUGGUUUUCACUGAAUGUAGAGAAAUGUAUAAAAUAACGAUUCGACUGGCCCGCGACAAAUGUUAGGAUCUAUACAUCACAAAGCAGAACAUUCAUCCCCUUCACAGAUCCGCUUAAAAAAAACAUAUUUUUACACAUCUCAUGGGCCACACAGAGUUCCUGGAGCGCAUUUCAUCAGCAGUGUCGGCUCAACACGAGUGAGCUGUGGAACGGUUUCGACAUUCAGUGUUGUCUCAUCAGCAGUCAGGCUUGCUUGAACCAUUGCUGGCGAACAACCAGAAUGGCUUGAGGCAAGGAUACUCGCUAUUUGAUUUGGGUCCUCGUUCGACGCAAAACGUUAUGAUACAUUUCAUACGUACGCGUUCGAAAGGUAAAAUAUUUAUUUAUUCUUCUUGAUUCUUUCGGUAAAGUCACGUAGAAGGGAAAUAAUAAAAUUAUAAAAAUUAAACAUAAUAAUAUAAUAGACUUUACCGAAAGAACCAAGAAGAUGAAUCCCUGCAGUCACGAAAGCUUUAAAUAGAAAUUUAUUUAUCAUUUACUUUUGGGAUAGGGCACGUGGAGAUCUGGUCAAAAGUUGUGUUGUAAACCCCUCCCGCACCCAACCCAGCCAAUCAAAUUAAGUAGUCACGUGGUGUACGAGAAAUUAGCGCGCCGAUUAUCACUGUCAGAUCACCGGUGAGUCAAAGGACAAUCCUCGCGGCUCAGUUUAUCAGAUUAGAUCCUCUCCGUUAGACAUGGGGGUCCUAGUUCGCCGCAAACCCGCAUGGUACGUAACAGAACAUAAUUAUUAGCGGCGCGAUGUGGAGAAUGUGACAACAUGAAUGAGCCAAAGCAAGGCAUGCAGUAAGGUACCCCCUGAUGUGUGAUGUGUGUGGGGGGCGGGGGGAGUGGGGGGGGUGGGCGUGAGGAUGAGGGGGGAAAGCCACUUGAAGGAAUUUCAGAAGAAGUGCUGUGUAUUCCGAUUCUGCGGGCCGCUCCGUAACGAACGUGGGGGUGACGCCGCCGCUCUCUGUCGAAGCUCCAACCUUUGUCUCGGGACGUGACACCAAACAGCAGAGUUGGGACUAAAAUUGGCAACAACAACAACAAAAAAGUUAAUAUUUUAUGCGACCGAUCCUGGGGUUUAUUAAAACCAUAAAUUGCGAUGGAACGACGGGGCUAGAAGCUGGGCAUUAAUAAUGUGACAUCUGGCCGGAUCCCAGUCGGACACCUGAAUUAUUGCUGAGCCAUUACCGUGAGGCUCUCCACGGAUCGCCACACAUUCACCCGGGCUGCUCCUCCUCCUUGGGGAAACGUCGCUGCAGGCAGCAGAGGCAGGGGAGGCGAUCCAGAGAUUUCAGGCUAAUUCAAUACGAAUACAAGUAACCUUAUUUCCUUUGGUAAAUACCAACGCGGCGCCGAUUUUCAGGGUCUGAAUUGGAGACUGGAGACGAAAUGCCGCCGUGGCGGCGGUGGCGGUUGUUGGCCCAUUGGAGGCCUUGAACAGAAAACAAUGUCUGGCAGAGGUCGCAAACAGGUUUUGACUCCUUACCCGUACCCGUACCCGGCCGCAACAGGGUCGCAAAUGGGUACCCGUACCCGUACCCGGCUGGGUACGGGUAGCCGUUCCCUACCCGUACCCUACCCGAAAUGAGUGACAAACGGCUACUCACCAGUGACUCACGGCCUACCCGUACCAGGCCGGGUACGGGUAGCCGGGUAUCGGGUAGGGUAUGGGUAUUGGGUACCCGGUUGCGACCUCUGAUGUCUGGUGGGCCUCCCACUUUGAAUGACGAACUGCCGGUGCGACGGCACAAAGAGGCGAUGUGCACGAGAGAGGAGAAAGUGCGGGCGAGAUGGGAGAAGAGAGGCGCGAACGUGGCGGUGAAACGAGAGAGACGUCGACAAGCGAGCCAGGGAUGGCGGGCAGCGGAUGUCGCAGGGCUACCUCGUGAGAGGCCCUUCAAAGUGACCUACGCUCCAGACCGUAGAGGAAUUUUUGCUCACACGGCAGUUGCAUUCUCGGGGGGGGAGGGCGUGGAAUUUCGUCAAAUGAAAGUUGCAGAUCGGAAUUUAGCGUGACGGGUGUUUUUCCUGCAGUUCCAUUUGUAAAUGUUUGCGUGACAAAAAGAAAACCCAAGUCGGUUUUUUGUUUGCUAAGGACUAUAAUCAGUUGCUUAAAUAGCUUUGGUUCGUUCUGUCGUUUGUCGAUACGUUUGUGACACGAGUGUGCGAAGGGAAAACAAUACUCGCGCUAGAAUCUUGGGCGUGUCGGACCAUGUGACCUCGCGACCCACGACUCACGACCACCCGACCCGAACCCUCAUCCCACGUCAACCGUCGCCACCUUUCCCGCUACGCGUGACCCAAACCCGCAGAUAUAAUUUUAUUUUUUACUCAUUGACUUCUCUGCGUGGAUGCUUUGUUAUUCUCGCAGUGUCAAAGCACUAACUUCCAUUACAUCGGAGGCCAAUGGCGGAGCCAGGAUUUUCAGGUAGGGGGGACAACCCCUCCAGCAAUGAAAAAUGAUAGAGUUGUUAGUAAGUAAGGACUUGUCCCUUGCUUUUUAUUCGAUGCGUGUGCGGCGAUGGCGCAGACAUCGGUCGACGGUCGAAUUCGAACCGCGUUGUGUGAUCGGCAUCGCGCUCGCUGAAGGUGAAUGUGCCUUCAGGGAAGUCGUGUCCUGUAGACGCAACUGCGAACAAUUCUGAGUCACUUAUAACCGCUUUGCCGUUACUUAUUACCAAUUAUGGACUCAGACUAUUGUCUUAUCAUCUCGUAGAGUCUCUGGCACGUAAUAAUAUGCUACACAGUGGCAGUGCGGGUCGCAAAAUGCUGAUGUAUUACUAAUAAACCCCAAUGAUCCGUCACGAAAUGAGGGAUUUCGAUCGGAUCAUUGGGGGGCACGUGUCCCCCCCCCCCCACUGGCUCCGCCAGUGUCUUAAGGCCUCGGCUCCUAAAUGCAGAUUCUGGAAAACAUGUAACCAGACAUCCUGUCUUGUGUUAUAUAUUUAUUUACAUUGCGCCUUAUUCCAAGGCGCUUUACAGCAAUUAUACAAUUGUACAUAAGACGAUAGUGAUUGAGAUAAUAAAGUGUGGGGCUUUGGUAGGGUAGUUAUGGUGAUAGGAGAGUAGGCAGGAGAGGUUAAUGAGCGGUUGGGGUAAGGGUGGUAUGGUCGGGGUAGUGAUAGGGGUUGGGGUAGUGAUAGGGGUAUUGAUAGUGGUUGUGGUA